AGACUGAGAAUAUAGUAACGCGCUCCUCAAGCAGUAAGUCCAAUUUGAGCUCAAGAAAUGUAGGAACCUAUCUCAACGUGAAGCUUUACUGGACUAUACAGCAACUCACUCCGUUUGCUACAUAACUACGGCACAAUUGGCAGCCUCGUCAAAAGCUCUUCCCCUCCAUCUUUCAUCAACUCAUCAACGCCACCCCUUCGUCAGUACUCAAUUCGGUGACUUGAGCCUUGACCCCGAAAUCUUCUUGCGAGAAGGUAUCACCAACGAGCCUCUGCCCGAGUCUGCCGUGAAAGGCCCUCAUCCGACCCCGCAGUCUCUCCUCGAUCUUGUGUAACCACCAUGGAGGUACACGUUCGCCACGUCCCAGAACGGAGCACAGAGAAUGCGUUCUGGAAGUUCCUCAAGCCUUAUCUCGACAAGCUAUCGAUUCGUUGUGUGCAUUGCCAAAAACCGCGAGGAAAGACUCACGCAACAUUGACAUUCCUCUACAUUCCCGACGCCGAGAAGUUCCUGCAUCAUCAUGGACAGUCACAAGCCGCUCCAGGUCGCCGUCCAACGCCAUUGAGUGUCACCUGUGUCAAUCUCCGGUUCCUUGGGCAGCCCGUCUAUUUCGAGAAAAGCAAGAAUGAUGCCAACCCAUACCUCGUCCGAGUCCUCACCAAGGAGGAAAAGGAUCGCCAAAUCAAGAUCACGAAUACAGCGACUAUAAACCACUCAAAGCCAUCUCAGAUCUUUCCGGUAUUCUUCGACUGCUCUUCCAUCUCGUGCGGUGUCUGGAACUACAUCGGCGCCAGCCUUGUCUUCGAACCGCAGUUGACAUGGACCUUGAAAGGCCAUCUGAAAUUCGGGGAGCUUAGCAUGAUUCUGAAUUCCGACGAUGGUACUCGAAUCGACUUUCGAUACUUUGGUGUUGUGGACGUUACAGCCGAGGAUGGGUCCGAACCCUCAUUCAUCUUCUCGAUGUAUGAGCCCCCGCACUUCUUCCAAAGGAUUUCAGACCCGCUGGCGGAACUCAUGGCGCAGCUAGGAAUUCAGACUGAACAGGCUGCAGUCCGGAGUAAUGGCCCUCAACGACACCGUUUGCCCUGCCUCGACGACGAACACAAACAUGUUGCCGGAAGCUGCUUUGUGUAUCGAAUUGUCCUGAAGCAGGAUCUUUCGGAACAAGCAGGCGGUAGUGACAUGAGCAGUCGGAUGCAGUCCCUCAAAAUUGCUCCUACAAUACCGCGGAUGAUCUUUCGGAAGACACAAAUACAUCAACCCCAAGAGACUUUCGCUGAAUCAUUCCGUCGACUACACGAGAUCCUGUCGAGCAUUGACUCUGGUUUCCCGUUUGUCUUAGCAUUCCAGAUUCAGAAGCUUGCCCAAGACGGUUUUCUUCCUCCGAACACUGUAAUUCAGCUUUUACCAGAAAUCAAGAAGAUGACAACUCGGUCAUCCGCCCCCAUCUGCGUCAAAACCAUUCGGAAGUGGUUCAACCAAAUCGAAUUCCCAGGACCGGAUACCGAAUCCACAAACUUCCAACUCCCUAAAUUGAUCAAAUCGAUGAAGCAAAAUGAGGAGCAGUGUACGAGAGAGGAAAUUGUCAUGGAUGGAGAGACGAGGACACCGGAUAAUGUUGCAGUCAUUCACAGAGUCAAAGUUACUCCCGCAGCAAUCCACCUCUACGGGCCCGAGGCUGAAUCCAACAAUCGAGUUCUUCGAAAGUACCCUAAUCAUCAUGACUACUUCCUUAGAGUUCAAUUUUGUGACGAAGAUGGACAGCCGGUUCGGUUUAAUCCUCGCGUUUCCAACGAACAAAUUCUUCGUGGUAGAUUCAAAAACAUCCUUAAAAAAGGAAUCAAUAUUGCGGGACGAGAAUAUUCCUUCCUCGGAUUCUCUCACUCCUCUCUCCGGGCCCAGUCCUGUUGGUUUGUGGCACCGUUCAUUUACGAUGGGAGUGUUCUGUGGGAUCGAAUGAUUAUUCAAGAUUUGGGCGACUUCUCAAUGAUCCGAUCUUCGGCAAAGUGCGCUGCCAGAAUCGGACAAGCCUUCUCAGAUACUCGAACAGCUGUUCCAAUCGACACUGAAAUCAUUCGGCGUGAGCCAGAUGUGACAUUCAAUAGUCGAGUGUUCAGCGACGGUGUGGGAACAAUGUCCUAUUCAGUCAUGUACACAAUCUGGAACAGACUUCCCAAGGCUCGUUUGGUCAAGCCCACGUUGUUCCAAAUUCGAUUUCAAGGAGCCAAAGGUAUGAUUUCAUUAGACCCUCGACUGGAGGGGGAUGCUCUGGUGCUGCGCCCAUCGAUGAUUAAAUUCGAAGGGUCAACAUCUACGGACAUCGAAAUCUGCGAUGCCUCGUACAAGCCAUUGCCGAUGUACCUGAACCGACAGUUCAUCAAGAUCUUGGAAGAUAUGGGUGUCGACGGUAAAUUCUUCCUCGACCUCCAAGCACGAGAAGUUGAACGCCUCCGCAUGAUCACGGGUAGCCCGGUGAACGCGUCCAGCUUCCUGAGACGCCAAACAAUCGGUACUCCGAUCCACUUCCCCUGGCUUAUUAACAAAUUGGCAAUGCUGAAUCUGGAUUUUCAAAAGGAUGGGUUUUUACGUGAUGUCUUGGAGAUGGCUAUUCUCGUUGAGCUGCGUCUGUUGAAGCACAAAACUAGGAUCCCUGUCGAGAAAGGUUGGCAUCUCCAUGGAUUGAUGGAUGAGACUGGAUUUCUAGAGGAAGGGCAAAUCUACUGCUCUGUCACGGUUGACGGUAAAUCGCAGGCAAUUCUAGGGAAAGACUUGAUCGUCACGCGGGCACCCGCCCUCCAUCCUGGAGAUGUGCAAUUGGCGGAAGGAGUCAUGCCACCACCUGACUCUCCACUGCUUUCACUUUCUAACUGCGUCUGCUUUAGUCAAAAGGGUGCCAGAGAUUUGCCAAGUAAGCUCAGCGGAGGCGAUCUUGAUGGAGAUCGGUACUACAUCAUGUGGGACAAGAAUUGUAGACCCCAGAGAUACUUUGCUCCUGCAGACUAUCCACGUCAGAAGCCAGAUGAGCUCAACCGACCUGUGAAUAAGGAUGACAUGACGGACUUCUUUCUCAAAUUUAUGGAGACUGACCAACUUGGUCGUAUUGCUGUACUACAUCGUGUUCUCGCCGACCAGGAGGUGCUUGGUACAUCGGAUCCGAAAUGUAUCAUUCUGGCUGAGAUGCACUCCACUGCUGUCGAUUUCUCCAAGACAGGAAUACCUGUGGAUUUGUCGAGGAUGCCGAAAUACAAUCCCUGGCGCCCCGACUUUGAAGCCCCAGGUCCACAUGUAAGAAUUGAGAACAGACAUGGAAUUAGUUUUGAAGAUCCGGAUGAUCGAGAUCCCGGCGACCUUGGCGACGAAGACGAUGAUUUCUCUCACUAUCGAUACUACGAGAGCACCAAGAUCCUCGGCAGGCUCUAUCGUGCUAUCGACGAGCGUCAAAUAUUCAAGGACAUCAAGCGCCGUGCGUCGAGCCAGAAUGUUACCAGUAGAACGACAGUCAUUGAUGAAGUUUGGUCGUAUGUCCAGCGAACAUGCAAGCUCAUUCAAUGGGAGCAUCAUCGAGAUUGGGCCAAGGAUAUUCGCGACAUGUACGAAGAGGCACUCCUCGUUAUAAUGACAGAGUACAGCGAGCAUCCCGUCCGCCGUCUGACCGAACUUGAGGCCUUCAUCGGAAACAUCCUCGGCAAAACCGGCGCACAGAGCAGACACCAACGAGAGCUUUCCACUAACAUGAAGGACAAAUUCGAAGAAGAAGCUCUCUUCAUCGUGAACUGCAUCCUCAAAGAAGAUGGAGACUGGUCCGAGGAGUCAUUGGAGCGGAGCAUGGCGUGCUUGGCCGUCAGUCUUGAGGCACCGAAGACGUACAGGAAGCAGGAGCAUCUGCUAAGCUUCAAGUAUGUUGCUGCUGCUGUUUGCUUGAGGGAGGUGGAGAGGUUUGAGAUGUUGCCUGUUGGAACGGGGCAGGCGUUACUGGAGUAUGUAUCGUGAUUUGCAUGGCGCCAAGAGAAACGGGGAAUAGCACCAAGGCGUUGGCAAACUUACUUGUGGUUAUCCUAUGUGUGGGCAGCUUGGACCGGGAAAUAUAAGUGCGUACAGUCACUUUCAACGAAAUGAAUUAUGAAGAACUCUAUUAUCCAAUUCUGCUUCUGAGCUUGUUUGUCAUCUUC